UAGGGUUUUAGUACAUUUGGUUGGCGGAACCGCCGGUCCCUUUUAUUUUGCGUUCACCUUUUUACCCUAUUUAACUAACCGCCACGUCGUAAUUAACUGGCUCCUCCCUCACCUCUCCGCACUUAUAAUUCUGAAUGAACUCCCUCUUUCUCUGCCGCGCUCUGUUUUCAAGUUUCCCGAGAAGCUAAAGGAAGCAGCGGAGGAGAAGGGGCGGAGAUCGAUGCCGGAAACCGCCAUCUCCUGGUGAAUUGGCUGAGGACAGACUCAUCAGGGAACCUGAUCGGCGGCCGGAUGGUAGCCCUCGCCCACUCGCUCACCGGAGGCGGACCGCGAUCGCUGGCGUCGGCCAAUCGAGUCGCGGGCAGGUGCCCGGAGGCGGACCGCGGCGCGGCGGUGUCGCAGCGGCUGGUGGAGGCGGCGCACCGCGGCGACUCGCGGGCCGCUGCGGAGUGCCUCGCCGACCCCGCGAUCGACGUCAACCACGCCGGCGCGGUGUGCCUGCGGACGCGCCGGGUCGCGAUGGCGCUCCGCGAGGAGGCCGCCGACGAGAUCCGGGUGGAGUACGUGGAUCUCCUCACCGACGCCUCCGCCCUCUUCGUCGCCGCCCACGCCGGCGAUCUCCCCCUCGUCCGCCGCCUCCUGGAGAAAGGGGCGGACGUGAACCAGAAGCUGUUCGGAGGGCAUGCGAUUACGGCGGCGGCGAGGGAGGGGCGGGCGGAGGUGGUGGAGUUGCUGCUCAAAGCCGGGGCGUCGCAGCCCGCCUGCGAGGAGGCGGUGGUGGAGGCGAGCCUCCACGGGAGGGCACGACUCGUUGAGCUUCUCAUGCGCUCUGAUCUCGUGCGGCCUCACGUCGCCGUCCACGCGCUCGUCUCGGCGGCUUCCCGGGGAUACGUCGAUGUCGUCGACGGCCUCCUCGAGGGCGGCGUAGAGGUCAACGCGACUUCCCGUGUGCUCCUCCGCUCGCUCAAGCCAUCGUUGCACACCAAUGUCGACUGCACCGCGCUCUUCGCCGCCGUCGUCAGCCGCCAGGUCGCAGUCGUCCGGCGUCUACUCCAGGCCGGAGUGCGCAAGGAAGCGAAGGUUAGGCUUGGCGCGUGGUCCUGGGACGCCGCCACUGGCGAAGAGCUCCGCGUCGGGGCCGGUCUCUCGGAGCCCUACGACGCCAAGUGGUGCGCCGUCGAGUACUUCGAGUCCACCGGCGCCAUCCUCCGACAGCUCCUGCAGCAUCACUCCGCCAUUGAUGCCCCCCACCACGGCCGAACGCUCCUCCAUCAUGCUGUCCUCUGCGCCAACCCCGGAGCCGUCGACGCCCUGUUGGCCCUCGGCGCUAACCGCGAGCUCCCGGUCAAGGCCGGCCGCGACAUCGAAUUCCGGCCGAUCCACCUCGCUGCACGGCUCGGCUUCGUCUCCGUUCUGCGAGUUCUCGUCGACAAGGCUGGAUGCGAUCUGAACUCGAGGACCGAAUCAGGGGAGACGGCGCUGAUGCUCUGCGCGCGCCACAAACGCGACGGCUGCCUGCGAAUCCUCAUAUCCUCCGGCGCCGAUCUUGGAUUGCGGAGCUUCUCCGGAGAUUCGGCUAUAUUUUCUGCUGCUUCGAGCAACUGGAGCAUCGGUUUCCGAGACGCCGUCCUCUGUGCCAUCUGGUCCGGCGAUGUUCCUCGGUCGAGCAAUCCUUCCGUCUUCUCACCAAUCGCGUUCGCUGCCCGUCACGGCGAUGUUGCAGCCUUGGAGGUAUUAUUGAGACGCCAUGAAAUCGACAUCGACGAACUAGACGGCGUCGGCGACACCCCUGUCAUGAUAACGGUCAAGGAAGGCCACGUCGAGGCUUUCCGCCGCUUGGUCUUCUCCGGCGCCGACAUGAAGCACCGAAACAAAGAAGGUGAGACUGCGAUCGAUCUCUUGCGUUCGAAGGAGAAUCGCGAACUAUUCGAGCAGGUAAUGCUCGAAUUCAUGCUGGAACGAGGUGGAACCGGACACUUCCACGCCCUGCACUUCGCCGCUCGCCGGGGAGAUAUAGCGGCGGUGCGGCUUCUGACCAGGAGAGGGUGCGACGUGAACUCCCUCGACGUCGAGGGCUACACGCCGCUGAUGCUGGCUGCGAGGGAAGGACACGGGGCGACCUGCGAGGCGCUGAUCCUCGCCGGCGCCGAGUGCCGCGUCGCAACGCGGCGCGGCGAGACUGCGCUGUCGCUGGCGAGGGCGAACGCGAAGCUGGGGAAGGAGGCGGAGGAGGUGAUACUCGACGAGAUAGCGCGGGCAGUGGUGGUGGGCGGCGGCCGGGUGGAGAAGCACACCAAGGGCGGGAAAGGGGCGCCGCACGGGAAAGAGCUGAGGAUGGUUGAGGCAACGGGUUUGCUACGGUGGGGCAGCGCGCGCCGGAGGAACGUGGUGUGCGGGGAAGCUGCAGUGGGCGGGAGCGCAGCCUUUCGGAAGAACCGGAAGGCGAAGGGCGACGCCGUCGACGAGGCCGCACUGUUCAGGGUGGUGACGGCGACGGGAAAGAAGAGGGAGGUGCACUUCGUCUGCGAGGGAGGUGAAGAAGAGGCGCAGCUGUGGGUGAGAGGGAUUAGGCUUGUGACCACAGCAGCGUUGGGGAAUCCCAAGUUGUGCAGUUCGACUUCUUCUUGAAGGCAAUCCCAAAUUGUGCAGCAGUUGGACUUUUGUUUAUUUCGUCUGUGUUGUGUCGAGUGGUGUGUCACCGUGCAGCAUCCGGACUCCAUUGAGAUCUUUGGAAGGUUUCUUCUGCUUACAGCUCAUUGUACAAUAUCCGAUGCUUUAUUUGAGAUUUGGAGAAUUGGGUUGGAA